UCAAGCUACUUCUACGUUCUUGGCUGGGUAGUGGGUUUGCGCGGGCCGAUAUGCACACAGCACAACUCCACAAUUUCAGACUCUCGCACGCGGCGCCAGCCGACACAGCAUUCGACUCUGCUGCGUUUCUUUACGCCACGACGUAAACUCGUGUGUAUGUUCUUUCCACCGAACAAUUUGAUUGUGAUUCUUUUUGCAUAGAAAUUGUGUCAAAGUUGAGUGGCACCAGCUACCGAUCGCAGAGCAUUUUUUCUCUGCAACGGCAUCAAGAUGCCAGCGAAUUUCGAGACUACCAACUGGGCCGACGAGGUCGAAGACGACGGAGUGCCAAACUUACCCCCGCCCACCACCAAGUACGAGAAUGAUUUCAAGAUCCUCACCGAGUACAAGCUCAACGACGACGACAAGCAGGUAAAGGUCGUGCGCACGUACAAGAUCGAGAAGCGCAUCGUCUCCAAGACGGUGGCACUGCGCAAAGCCUGGGCCAAGUUCGGCGACUCCGAGAACGACGCGGCGGGCCCGAGCCCGGCCACCACCAUCAUCGCCGAGGAUGUCUUCAUGCAGUACCUCUCGAGCAAGGAGGAGGACAACAAGAGCGACGAGAACGCCCUCGACAAGCUCAAGAGCAUGGCCGAGAAGUCCGUCAUGAAGUGCCGCAGCUGCAACGGCAACCAUUGGACCUCCAAGUGUCCCUUCAAGGACACUCUGCUCGGUGGACCUAACAAUGUUAUGGACGACAAGAAGCCUUCGAAUCCAGCUGUUGGUCCAGGUGGUGCUGCUGAGAUGAGCAAACCCACUGGAAGCAGAUACGUGCCACCAUCCAUGAGAGAUGGCGGCAACAAGAAGGGAGAUUCCAUGUACGGACAGAGACGAGACGAUACAGCUGCCAUCAGAAUUUCCAACUUGUCAGAGAGCACUACUGACUACGAUUUGGAGGAAUUGGUAAAACCUUUCGGUGCCAUUCAGAAGAUUUACUUGGCAAAGGAAAGUACGACAAAUGCCUGCAAAGGUUUUGCAUACGUUCAUUACAAAUCGCGCUCCGAUGCAGCCAGAGCUAUUCAACAUCUCAAUGGCCAUGGUUAUGAUCACUUGAUUCUCAGUGUCGACUGGUCGAAGCCUCCAGCCCACAGUAAUUCCUAAGGUGGAAUAGUAAAAAUUUUGAAACUCUAGAUUAGUUUAUUAGUAUGUAAUUGGCUGAUUUGUACAACUAUCUCUUUUUGAGUGUAACAUUUUUAAAUUAUAUUAAAUACAUUUAUCAUUCUAAUUUGAA